AUAUAAUGAAGCCCACAGCAGUCAGAGAGCUAUCCUGUGUGCUGCUGUUGUGGCAGACUCAGUAGGAGUUGAGACUGAGGCCCAGUGAAGAAGAAGUAAGAGUUGAGACGGAGGCCCAGUGAAGAAGCAGUAAGAGUUGAGACGGAGGCCCAGUGAAGAAGCAGUAAGAGUUGAGACGGGGGCCCAGUGAAGAAGCAGUAAGAGUUGAGACGGAGGCCCAGUGAAGAAGCAGUAAGAGUUGAGACGGAGGCCCAGUGAAGAAGCAGUAAGAGUUGAGACGGAGGCCCAGUGAAGAAGCAGUAAGAGUUGAGACGGAGGCCCAGUGAAGAAGCAGUAAGAGUUGAGACGGAGGCCCAGUGAAGAAGCAGUAAGAGUUGAGACGGAGGUCCAGUGAAGAAGCAGUAGGAGUUGAGAUACAGGGAAAACACUAUCUUCCUCAACCAGGUGUGGGUGUGACAGACCGUAGCCAUGGUACCCAAGCAAGGCAUGACGCUGCUGCUGCUGCUCCUGGUCGUCGCCACGGCAGCGGUGAUGGGACAGAGGAGCCAGCGUCGCCCGGCAACCACAGACGAAUGGAACUACAAGGCUGGCUCGGAGAAGGUGAACAUGCGUGGGGUGUCCAACCUCACCCAGGUUCUGGACAACUGGAGGUUUGACAUCCUCACUGAGAUGAAGACACUGCUCCAGAAUGACCACCAGUCACUACUGCCAGACUACGCCAGGAUCCAGCCCCUGUCUGAGGCUCUGAAUGACCUUUACAAGGAGUUCAACUCUCUCAAGGCCCACCUUGGUGAUCUCACAGAGAAAUUCGUCGCCAUAGAAACCUUCAUCGACGAGGUCAAGACUGAGCGGGCCAAUGGUGGUACCUUGGCCCCCGCCUCCAACCCAAACCCCGCCUCCAACCCAGUGCCAGCUAGGAGGAGAGUGGUCAAAAAGAAAGCUCCCGCCUCUUAAAUGACUAAAACUCCACUCCAUCCCAUUGACCCCACCCUACUAUGCUCUACCCUACCCCAUCCCAUCCCACUGACCCCAUCCUACUGACCCCAUUCCAUCCCACUGACCCCAUCCCACUGACCCCAUCCCAUCCCACUGACCCCAUCCCACUGACCCCAUCCCACUGACCCCAUCCCAUCCCACUGACCCCAUCCUACUGACCCCAUUCCAUCCCACUGACCCCAUCCCACUGACCCCAUCCCAUCCCACUAACCCCAUCCCACUGACCCCAUCCCAUCCCACUGACCCCAUCCCACUGACCCCUUCCCAUCCCACUGACCCCAUCCCACUGACCCCAUCCCACUGACCCCAUCCCACUGACCCCAUCCCACUGACCCCAUCCCAUCCCACUGACCCCAUCACACUGACCCCAUCCCAUCCCACUGACCCCAUCCCACUGACCCCAUCCAACUGACCCCAUCCCAUCCCACUGACCCCAUCCCACUGACCCCAUCCAACUGACCCCAUCCCAUCCCACUGACCCCAUCCCACUGACCCCAUCCCACUGACCCCAUCCAACUGACCCCAUCCCAUCCCACUGACCCCAUCCCACUGACCCCAUUCCAUAUCACUGACCCCAUCUCACUGACCCCAUCCCACUGACCCCAUCCCAUCCCACUGACCCCAUCCCACUGACCCCAUCCAACUGACCCCAUCCCAUCCCACUGACCCCAUCCCACUGACCCCAUCCAACUGACCCCAUCCCAUCCCACUGACCCCAUCCCACUGACCCCAUCCAACUGACCCCAUCCCAUCCCACUGACCCCAUCCCACUGACCCCAUUCCAUCCCACUGACCCAUCCCACUGACCCCAUCCCAUCCAUUAUUCUGCCCAUUUAUAGAUGUAACUCUGGUUUUAUGUGUAACUUUAUAAACAGUUUAGCCCUCUGCUCUGACAUUCUGGGGAUUCAUUCUCUAUUCUGGAUGUGAGAUUAGGCAUUUAUCGGACAAAACCAUUCUGACCAUACAUUUAACCAUACAUUUAAUUAAUACAUUUUAAACUCACCUGACUGUAGGGAAAGACGGAGGAAGAUAGAGUGAGAGAGAGAGAGAGAGAGAGAGAGAGCGAGAGCGAGAGCGAGAGCGAGAGCGAGAGAGAGAGAGAGAGAGCGAGAGAGAGCGAGAGCGAGAGAGAGAGAGAGAGAGAGAGAGAGAGAGAGAGAGAGAGAGAGAGCGAGAGCGAGAGAGAGAGAGAGAGAGAGAGAGAGAGAGAGAGGGAGACAGAGAGGGAGAGAGAGACAGAGCGAGAGAGAGGGAGAGAGAAAACAAGAACUAAGCAUGUUUAAGUGGUCUUAUAAUGGUGAAUUGAAUUAAAUAACCUACAAAAAAACCUGAAUUUUUCUGUAUACAUUGAUGGAGGUAAAUAAAUAUGUUUUUUUGCAUCAA